UCCCCACAGCGCUGUCGUGGAACGGACAGAAGGUAAAAGGUCACUACCGCUGUGUUGGUUCUACUAACCGGGUGAUUUUCCAGCUCCCAUCUCGAUGAGCAGCAUCUGAGGAGACCCACGGCCAAUUUUAACGUUACUGUUAGGUUUUUUCAUAAGUCAAAAUGGCCAAGAAGAGAAGCGGAGUCCGUGAAACAGAAGGCGCUGCCCUGUUAGAGGAAGAGUCGACGGUUAAAGAAACUCAGUCCCUCAAAGGAGGUCAGCAGUACUCCGGUGGAGGCUCUGCCCGAAUGUCCCUCCUUAUAUUGCUGUCCAUCUUUGCAUGUUCUGCCUCAGUUAUGUAUCUGGUUUAUAGAAAUUUCCCUGAGCUGAGCGAAGAUGAGAGGAAGACGAUAAAAAUCCCUAAAGACAUGGAUGAUGCUAAAGCAUUGGGUACAGUGCUUUCCAAAUAUAAGGACACUUAUUAUACCCAAGUGCUGUUAGCUUAUUUUGCUACAUAUAUCUUCCUCCAGACAUUUGCAAUUCCAGGUUCGAUUUUCCUCAGUAUACUGUCUGGCUAUCUCUAUCCCUUCCCCCUAGCCUUGUUCCUGGUCUGUCUGUGUUCAGGCCUUGGAGCUUCCUUCUGCUAUAUGUUGUCUUAUUUAGUUGGCAGACCGGUGGUCUACAAAUACCUCACAGAGAGAGCCCAGAAGUGGUCUCAACAGGUAGAUAAGCACAGAGAACACCUCAUCAAUUAUAUAAUUUUUCUGAGAAUCACCCCCUUCCUCCCCAACUGGUUUAUCAACAUAACUUCCCCGGUCAUCAACGUGCCUCUAGGAGUCUUCUUCAUUGGUACAUUUCUUGGGGUAGCUCCUCCGUCUUUUGUAGCAAUUAAUGCCGGUACGACACUAUACAAACUGACAACAGCAGGAGAGGCAGUGUCCUGGAACUCUUUGGCAGUUUUGGGUGUCUUGGCUGUUCUCUCCAUCCUCCCGGUGUGCUUCCAGAAGAAGCUGCAGCAGAAGCUGGAGUGAAGCUCCCACGAGUCCGCUUUAUCCCGCUUCUCCUCGUCCUCACACUGCAAGCCCCUCUUUGUCCACAUUGGUGGGUGAAAUGGGCUCAAAACUGUCAAAGCUCUGAUUUGGCCCACACUCACCAUCUUUCCCUCUGUUCUUUUCUUUUUUGUCCUUGCAGAUUGAAGAUUUUUCUGCAUAUUUUUUAAUAACCCUGGAUACUAAUUAAUGGUCUCAUUAACCUCAGUGGUUUUUAUCUUUUCAACAUUUCUCAAGUUCACAUAACUGUAAAGCAAUACUUUUGAGGUGUUUUUAGGGUGCGUUGCCUUGACAACGCAAAAAGUACAUUCGUUUUCUUAAUUCUGUGUGAUACACUGGUAAAAUAAUGAACUUUUUAGAUACAACACAUCCCUCAGUAUAUGUUACAAAACAGGAAUGUGCCAUCAGCAUGCUCUUUCACCCUGCAAUUUGGUUGUUAGAUACUAUUUUUUUGGAGCCUUAACAUAGGAGAAUGGGCAUUAUGGGGUUCCUGAAGCCUUCAGGGUGAUCUUGGUUUUAGGACUGGAUGAUGAUGCUCCAAACAGUGUAAUGCUAUGCCAGCUUAGUGCCCUAUGUACUGCUGCCAACUACAUGUAGGAGGUGCUAGUGCUCCUGGCCCUUUUAUCCUAGAUUUUUCUGCACUGCCAUUGCAUAUUGUCGGACAGAGAUGAGACACGGAGGAGUUGUAUUUAUGAAGAUGCCUCAUAUGUAUUGUAACUUUCUCAGACUGGUUUUGUUUUAAUGAAUUUUGUCUUAAAAUGGGAGAUUAUUAGAGUGUAAUCGCUAACUCGCACACAACCCCGGUUCUGACUGAUUUAGCCGCCUUGAGGAAAAAGUAAGGAAGAGAAGAGAGAAACUAUCCUGUAGUCUUAAUUGAUUUAGCGUAAAGACUGAAAACUUUAAAUAUUUAGCUAUAUUUUUUUGAAAGCCUGUGUAGCCCACUAGCCUCAUGUGAGAAACUUCAUUUGUCUCAGUGCUUCUUUAAGGUUUUAAGAAAGCAGUUUUUUCAUGGACCUAUAGGAAAUGAGCGGUGUCUGUACGAUGAACAGUCUUAUUUGCACUGAACCUCUGCCUGUAAGGGCGCACUAUGAGCAAGGGUUGCUACGCCACAUAAGGUAGAAGUCAGAUACCUCACUUGGUGUGAUUUCACAUCACAUGGUUGUGUCCUUGUUCGUUUUAAUUGCUGUUCAUACCUCCAUCAUCCAAGGCACUACUUGGUUUUCAUCUUUUUCUCAUUCUGACUGCUAUCUACAUCCACAUCUACAGCUCAGAGACAUAACGUUUAACAUGCCAUGUAAUCCUGAAUGCUGCGAGUACUGCGAAAUAGCUUGACCGAGAACGGUGUGAACAGGUAACAGGCUUACACAGGUUCACUCUAACAGUUCAUCCAAUUGGUGAUAUUUGACAUGUCAGUUAGAACAUGGCUGUGCUACAUGUUCUUAUGCCCCCGAGUUAAUUUUCUCUACUGUCUCAUAAUUUGAAUUCUUUCCACAAUCACAGUAUUACACUGAGUUGGUGUAUUGCAGUAUGUUAUUCUUAUAAAAAUGAUAUAAAUUGACAACUUUUCUUUUGAAUGUCAUUACAUGUUCUAUAAUGAAGAUAUUUAUUAUGAAAUGAUUAAAAACAAAUGUUUUCCUUCA